GCCAACCGCGCACUUCAAAAGGGUGUCGGGGCUGCGCUCCCCUCCGGCGCCCCGGGAACUUCAAAGCGGCCGGAGCUGCCCUGGCGCCUCGCUCCGCUCUGGGCCUCGAGUCCCGGCGCGGCCGCCUGGUGGCCAUGACCCCGGCGCUCCGCCCCGCGCUCCGCCAGGCUCUCCUGCUGCUCACUGCGGCCGCUGAGCUCUCGGCAGGAUUGAAGUGUGUAUGCCUUUUGUGUGACUCUUCAAACUUUACCUGCCAAACAGAAGGAGCAUGUUGGGCAUCAGUCAUGCGAACCAAUGGAAAAGAACAGGUGAUUAAAUCCUGUGUCUCCCUCCCAGAAUUGAAUGCUCAAGUCUUUUGUCAUAGUUCCAACAAUGUUACCAAAACAGAAUGCUGCUUCACAGAUUUUUGCAACAAUAUAACACUGCACCUUCCAACAGCAUCACCAAAUGCCCCAAAACUUGGACCCAUGGAACUGGCUGUCAUUAUUACUGUGCCCAUUUGCCUCCUGUCCAUAGCUGCCAUGCUGACAAUAUGGGCAUGCCAGGGUCGACAGUGCACCUAUAGGAAGAAAAAGAGACCAAAUGUGGAGGAACCACUCUCCGAGAGCAAUCUGGUAAAUGCUGGAAAAACUCUUAAAGAUCUGAUUUAUGAUGUGACUGCCUCUGGAUCUGGCUCUGGUCUACCCCUGUUGGUUCAAAGAACAAUUGCAAGGACAAUUGUACUUCAGGAAAUAGUAGGAAAAGGUAGAUUUGGUGAGGUGUGGCAUGGAAGAUGGUGUGGGGAAGAUGUGGCUGUGAAAAUAUUCUCCUCCAGAGAUGAAAGGUCUUGGUUUCGUGAGGCAGAAAUUUAUCAGACGGUCAUGCUGCGACAUGAAAAUAUCCUUGGUUUCAUUGCUGCUGAUAACAAAGAUAACGGAACUUGGACUCAACUUUGGCUGGUGUCUGAAUAUCAUGAACAGGGCUCAUUAUAUGACUAUUUGAAUAGAAAUAUAGUGACAGUGGCUGGAAUGAUUAAGCUAGCACUUUCAAUAGCUAGUGGUCUGGCACACCUUCAUAUGGAGAUUGUUGGUACACAAGGUAAACCUGCUAUUGCUCAUCGAGAUAUAAAAUCAAAGAAUAUUUUAGUGAAAAAAUGUGAAACUUGUGCCAUAGCAGAUUUAGGAUUGGCUGUGAAACAUGAUUCUGUAUUGAACACUAUCGACAUACCUCAGAAUCCUAAAGUGGGAACCAAGAGGUAUAUGGCUCCAGAAAUGCUUGACGAUACAAUGAAUGUGAAUAUCUUUGAGUCCUUCAAACGAGCUGACAUCUAUUCUGUUGGUCUGGUUUACUGGGAAAUAGCCCGAAGAUGUACAGUUGGAGGAAUUGUCGAGGAGUACCAAUUGCCUUAUUAUGACAUGGUGCCUUCAGAUCCCUCCAUAGAAGAAAUGAGGAAGGUUGUUUGUGAACAGAAGUUCCGACCAAGUAUCCCAAACCAGUGGCAAAGCUGUGAAGCACUCCGAGUUAUGGGGAGAAUAAUGCGUGAGUGUUGGUAUGCCAAUGGUGCAGCCCGCUUAACUGCCCUUCGUAUUAAGAAGACUAUUUCUCAACUUUGUGUCAAAGAAGACUGCAAAGCCUAAUGAUGAUAAUUGUGUUGAAAACAAAUCUCUCACAGUUUUCGUUUCCAUUUUCCCUCUUUAUGUGAAUGCUUUUUGCUUUUUGUUGUUGUUGUUUUGGUUCUACCUCAAAGAUAAUGCAGUACAGUGCUUAAGUGUCCGUAAGACAGCAUGAAAAGAUAACUCUAAAGUUAAGUAUGGGUAUGGGCAGGAGUUGACUUCAAAUCCAACCUCCAUGUUAAGUUUAAUUUUAUUUUGGAAGCAACACAUCAACUCAUCCUUUUAUUUAAUGAGAAAGAUAUUACAAAAGUUUAAGAUAAGCUAUAUAAAAAUAAUAAUGUCAUUAUGGUUUUAUUUUGCUUGAACCAAGAGCAUAUGAAUGAAUAGAAAAAAAUGUAAAAAUACAUCUUUUUCUCAGAUCUAAACACGGUCAUUAAAAUAUGAAUCAGGGUAUGUUAUAUCUAAACAGAAAUUUAGAUCAUACAAACUAUGGUUUUCCUUUUUUAAAUUAGCAGGACCUUUUAAGAAUAAAAAUUGCUCUAAAAUUUAAAAUAUAAAACAUGUAAAAGUGGAGCUGCUUGGUGGAAGACAUAAGAGAGGUCAGAGUCCCACUUGUUUGGUCUCCCCUUCUACUGUUCCACUACUACAGCUGUCCCUGGAGAAAAUAGCUCGAACCACUAAACUUGUUACAUAUCAUUUACAAAAGAGAACUUGAUAUCUUGAGAUACUGAGAAAUGACUCAAAGUCACACAGCUAAUGGCAGAACUGAUACUAGGUAUAAAUCUUGUGAUAAUCAACACUGUAGAGUAGUUGGCUUCCUACUUUCCCUUGAAUUCUCAUAGUACCUUUCUCCCUAUGCAAAAGCAUCAUGCAUUACAUUUGUUGUUUGGUAUGCAGAAGAUAUAUUGAGUUAUUUUACAGAAUCAUAAUCGACCUGCAUGAAAUCUCAGAACCACAUCUAUUGACAUUUUCCUCAUAUAAAUUAUAGUUACCCUGUUUGUUAAUAGUAUGAAUGUUUUCUGAACACUUUCAAAGAUCAAUCAGACUGAAAUAUCUAUUGUCUGAAGAUGUCUUUAAGAUACAAUUCAGAGGUCCCUAUUCCUUUUGUACAUACACAUUUAGAAAGAAAAGAACAGAAAAGGAAGAAGACGUGAGGAAAUACUUUAGAAAAAUUAAAACCCUUCAAUAAAGUAUAACAACCAUACCCCACAGAGGGUGUCAGCAAUAUUAAAUAGAUAGUUCUCUAUCCUCUCAUAAUGAGUGGGUAGGUGCAGAAGAAUGCUCAUGACAGUUUUGCCUUUAUUCUGAAUUCCAUGGAGACAAGGUGAUUAAUAUUUAAUGGGACAUUAGCUAUGUCCUUUAAAUCUAUAAUACUGCUUUGAUGAAGGAGAGGAGAUUUAACAUGGUGUCUUUUAUUCUAAAGCAUCUUUCCCUAGACUCUGUUCCUUAGAACAUUCUUCUGCUGAGAUGAUUCAAGACCAAAAGUGUUCUUCCACAGCUACCUAGAAAGUGAUACUGCUUAUUAGCAUAUAAUGUACUUUGAGAGAUGAAGUACAUGAUAACAG